AUGUGGCAGCGGGAAGCGAGGGACGACCGGCAUGUCACUCACUCACUGCCCCACGCCUCUCACUGCCCCACGCCUCUCACUGCCCCACGCCUCUCACUGCCCCACGCCUCUCACUGCCCCACGCCUCUCACUGCCCCACGCCUCUCACUGCCCCACGCCUCUCACUGCCCCACGCCUCUCACUGCCCCACGCCUCUCACUGCCCCACGCCUCUCACUGCCCCACGCCUCUCACUGCCCCACGCCUCUCACUGCCCCACGCCUCUCACUGCCCCACGCCUCUCACUGCCCCACGCCUCUCAUUGCCCCACGCCUCUCACUGCCCCACGCCUCUCACUGCCCCACGCCUCUCACUGCCCCACGCCUCUCACUGCCCCACGCCUCUCACUGCCCCACGCCUCUCACUGCCCCACGCCUCUCACUGCCCCACGCCUCUCAUUGCCCCACGCCUCUCACUGCCCCACGCCUCUCACUGCCCCACGCCUCUCACUGCCCCACGCCUCUCACUGCCCCACGCCUCUCACUGCCCCACGCCUCUCACUGCCCCACGCCUCUCACUGCCCCACGCCUCUCACUGCCCCACGCCUCUCACUGCCCCACGCCUCUCACUGCCCCACGCCCACGCCUCUCACUGCCCCACGCCUCUCACUGCCCCACGCCUCUCACUGCCCCACGCCUCUCACUGCCCCACGCCUCUCACUGCCCCACGCCUCUCACUGCCCCACGCCUCUCACUGCCCCACGCCUCUCACUGCCCCACGCCUCUCACUGCCCCACGCCUCUCACUGCCCCACGCCUCUCACUGCCCCACGCCUCUCACUGCCCCACGCCUCUCACUGCCCCACGCCUCUCACUGCCCCACGCCUCUCACUGCCCCACGCCUCUCACUGCCCCACGCCUCUCACUGCCCCACGCCUCUCACUGCCCCACGCCUCUCACUGCCCCACGCCUCUCACUGCCCCACGCCUCUCACUGCCCCACGCCUCUCACUGCCCCACGCCUCUCACUGCCCCACGCCUCUCACUGCCCCACGCCUCUCACUGCUCGAUUCUUGCUCCCCGACUCACACUCCCCCAAUGCCACUCCCCCAAUGCCACUCCCCCAAUGCCACUCCCCCAAUGCCACUCCCCCAAUGCCACUCCCCCAAUGCCACUCCCCCAAUGCCACUCCCCCAAUGCCACUCCCCCAAUGCCACUCCCCCAAUGCCACUCCCCCAAUGCCACUCCCCCAAUGCCACUCCCCCAAUGA